AUGUCUUUCCAUGCCGGACGAGGGUGUCCCCGUGGCCGCGGAGGAGCUGCCGUCAGGGCUUCGACGCAGACUUUUCGCCCCCAGAACUUGAGACAGCUCCAUCCUCAGCAGCCUUCAGUUCCGUAUCAGUACGACCAGCAACCUGUCACUCCGUCUGCCUAUCCGAGUCCUCCUGCCACAGGCUACGUGCCUCCUAGGCCAGAUUUCGUCCCUUAUCCGCCACCCAUCCCCCCGUCGCCCCAGAGCGCCAUCAGCCAAUGCCCCCUGAGGCCCCCCUUCCCUGGACACCAAGUGAGGCAAAAUUUCCCUCUCCCUCCUUGCUUCCCUCCGGCUCCACCCCCUGUCCCAAACCCUGGCAACCCCCCAGUUCCAGCAAACGCAGCUGGGCAAAACACGUUUCCGUACAUGAUGCCGCCCCCUUCCAUGCCGCACCCCCUGCCACCGCCAAUCAUUCCCCAGCAGGUUAAUUACCAGCCUGUGUACUCUCCUGCCUACCCACAGCAGACCUUUCCCCCUCCUAACUUUAACAAUUACCCGCAUAACACAAACUCUUACCAAGGCGGUGGCAACACAGACAGUGGUGGAAACCCCAAUGCUAAUUUCCGGCACGCGGGUCAGUAUCCGUUAGAGAAGUCCCCGAAUGAACGGAGGUCACCUGAGAGGGGGAAACACUAUGAAGAGCAUCGCCAUAGAGAGCACGGGCACGGGGAUCGCCAUCGGUCCACCAACCACCCCGAGCGGCGGGAUCGAGGGAGAAGCCCAGACCGAAGGCGGCAAGAAAGUAAUCGGCAUAGGUCGGAUUACAUCAGGGGAAGGACCCCGCCCCGCCACCGAAGUUAUGAAUGGUACAGGGACCGGCAGAGAGAACGACACCGUCACCGGGACACCCGACGGUCGCCUUCUGCAGAGAGAUCCUAUAGAAAAGAUCACAAGAGAACGGGAAGUCGGUCCCCCAGCCAAGACCGAAAGAGGCCUCGUUGGGAAGAGGACGCGGACCGGUGGUCCGAAAACGUCAGCAGAGAGAAGAGCUACACCUCCAUCAAAGACAAGGAGUCCGAAGAGGCAGCUACUGAAAAGAACGAGGAUGACGACGAGGAGCUGUUGAAGCCGGUGUGGGUUCGCUGCACCCAUUCGGAAAGCUACUACUCGAAUGACCCAAUGGAUCAAGUGGGAGAUUCCACUGUGGUUGGAACGAGCCGGUUGAGAGAUCUGUACGAAAAGUUUGAAGAAGAGCUUGGGAAGCGUCAGGCCAAGGCCAAAGCUGCCCGGCCACCGUGGGAGCCACCAAAGACCAAGCUAGAUGAAGAUGUGGGGAGCUCCAGCGAUUCUGAUUGCGAAUCCGAUGACGACAGCUGUUCCAGCAGUUCAGAUUCCGAAGUUUUUGACGUCAUUGCUGAAAUUAAGCGCAAGAAGGCUCACCCGGAUCGUCUGCAUGAGGAGCUGUGGUACAAUGACCCCGGACAGAUGAAUGAUGGACCUCUGUGCAAAUGCAGUGCUAAAGCCAGACGGACCGGGAUAAGACACGGCAUCUAUCCUGGGGAAGAGCCUAUUAAACCCUGUCGGCCCAUGACCAACAACGCUGGAAGGUUGUACCACUACCGCAUCACGGUGUCGCCUCCUACAAACUUCUUAACAGACAGACCAACUGUCAUAGAGUACGAUGACCAUGAAUACAUCUUUGAGGGUUUCUCCAUGUUUGCCCACACUCCGCUCACCAAUAUUCCUCUGUGUAAAGUCAUCAGAUUUAACAUCGAUUAUACAAUCCAUUUCAUUGAGGAGAUGACGCCCGAAAAUUUUUGUGUUAGAGGGCUGGAAUUGUUCUCUUCGUAUCUGUUCAAAGAUAUUCUAGAACUAUACGACUGGAAUCUUAUAGGUCCUCCAUCAGAAAACAAUGAUGCUUCAUGUCCCCGAUUUCACUUCAUGCCACGUUUCGUGAGGUUUCUUCCAGAUGGAGGGAAGGAGGUGCUGUCGGUGCAUCAGAUCCUGCUGUACUUGUUGCGAUGCAAUAAGUCACUGGUCCCGGAAGAGGAGAUUGCCAAUAUGCUGCAGUGGGAGGAGCUUGAGUGGCAGAAGUAUGCUGAAGAAUGCAAAGGGAUGAUAGUUACCAGCCCUGGCAUGAAACCCAGCUCCGUUCGUAUCGAUCAACUGGAUCGUGAGCAGUUCAACCCUGACGUGAUUACCUUCCCCAUCAUCGUCCACUUUGGGAUACGGCCUGCACAGCUCAGCUAUGCCGGAGACCCACAGUACCAAAAACUGUGGAAAAGCUAUGUGAAAUUGCGCCACCUGCUGGCUAACAGUCCAAAAGUGAAACAGGCCGAUAAACAGAAAUUAGUACAAAGGGAGGAAGCACUGCAGAAGAUUAGGCAGAAAAACACCAUGCGGCGUGAAGUCACUGUUGAGCUGAGCAGCCAAGGAUUCUGGAAAACUGGCAUUCGUUCCGAUGUCUGUCAGCAUGCCAUGAUGCUUCCAGUCCUGACUCACCACAUUCGCUACCACCAGUGUCUGAUGCAUUUGGAUAGACUGAUAGGUUAUACUUUUAAAGACCGGUGUUUAUUGCAGCUUGCCAUGACUCAUCCAAGCCAUCACUUAAACUUUGGGAUGAAUCCAGACCAUGCCAGGAAUUCCUUAUCAAACUGUGGCAUCCGGCAGCCCAAAUAUGGAGACAGAAAAGUCCAUCAUAUGCAUAUGAGGAAGAAAGGCAUAAAUACCUUGAUCAAUAUAAUGUCUCGACUUGGACAAGAUGACCCAGCUCCUUCCAGGAUUAAUCACAAUGAGCGUUUGGAAUUUUUGGGAGAUGCCGUAGUUGAAUUUUUGACUAGCGUCCACUUGUACUACCUAUUUCCAAGCUUAGAGGAAGGAGGAUUAGCCACAUACCGCACUGCCAUUGUUCAAAACCAGCAUCUUGCCAUGCUGGCUAAGAAACUGGAGCUGGAUCGAUUUAUGCUUUAUGCUCACGGGCCUGAUCUUUGCCGAGAAUCGGAUCUGCGCCACGCCAUGGCCAACUGCUUUGAAGCACUGAUAGGGGCAGUUUAUUUGGAAGGAAGUCUUGAAGAAGCCAAGCAUCUGUUUGGGCGCCUGCUCUUUAAUGACAAGGACCUGCGGGAAGUAUGGCUUAAUUACCCUCUACACCCUCUCCAACUGCAAGAAUCCAGUACAGACCGACAGCUGAUCGAGACCUCCCCUGUUCUCCAGAAACUGACUGAGUUUGAAGAUGCCAUUGGAGUGAUUUUUACUCAUGUUCGACUUCUGGCAAGAGCUUUCACUUUAAGGACUGUUGGAUUUAACCAUCUGACUCUAGGCCAUAAUCAGAGGAUGGAAUUUCUGGGUGAUUCCAUCAUGCAGUUAGUGGCGACAGAAUACUUAUUCAUACAUUUCCCUGAUCACCACGAAGGCCAUCUGACAUUAUUACGAAGCUCUCUGGUCAACAACAGGACGCAGGCCAAAGUGGCAGAAGAACUUGGCAUGCAGGAGUUUGCCAUCACCAAUGACAAGACGAAGCGGCCCGUGGCGUUGCGGACAAAGACGCUAGCAGAUCUUUUGGAAUCCUUUAUUGCUGCUCUUUACAUAGAUAAGGAUUUGGAAUUUGUCCACACCUUCAUGAAUGUCUGCUUUUUUCCACGACUGAAGGAAUUCAUUUUAAACCAGGACUGGAAUGACCCUAAAUCACAACUGCAGCAAUGCUGCUUAACUCUCAGAACGGAAGGGAAAGAGCCAGACAUCCCUCUGUAUAAGACGCUACAGACAGUGGGACCAUCUCAUGCCAGGACAUACACUGUAGCUGUUUAUUUCAAAGGAGAAAGAAUAGGAUGCGGUAAAGGACCAAGCAUUCAACAAGCCGAGAUGUGUGCAGCAAUGGAUGCCCUGGAAAAAUAUAACUUUCCCCAGAUGGCCCAUCAGAAGCGGUUCAUUGAACGGAAAUAUAGGCAAGAGCUUAAAGAAAUGAGAUGGGAAAGAGAACAUCAGGAAAGAGAGCUGGAGGAGACGGAAGACAUAAGGAAAUAAGUGGUGACUACAGAA